AUGGGCGCGCUGCACAUCGGCACCGACGGCGGCGGCUCGAUCCGCAUUCCCUGCGGCUUCACCGGCAUCCCCGGCAUCAAGCAGAGCUUCGGCCGGGUGCCGGCCUGGCCGCUCAGCCCCUUCGGCACGGUCUCCCACGUCGGCCCCAUGGCGCGCACGGUCGGCGACUGCGCCCUGAUGCUGACGGUGAUGGCCGAGCCGGACUACCGCGACCCCUACGCCCUGCCCUACGACGGCGCCGACUACACCCAGGGGCUGGAGGAGGGGGUGCGCGGCCUGCGCAUCGCCUACAGCCCGAGCUUCGGCCCGCACCGGGUCGACCCGGAGAUCGCCGCCGCCGUGGCUGGCGCGGCCGAGACCUUCGGCGAGCUGGGCGCGCGGGUCGAGCAGCCCGAGCUGGAGGUGCCCGACACGGCCGAGGCCUUCCAGGUCCUCUGGUUCUCCGGCGCCGCCAACCUGUUCCGCCGCUUCUCGGCGGAGCAGCGGGCGCUGGUCGACCCCGGCCUGCUGGCGGUGGUCGCCCAGGGCGAGCGCUACAGCGCCAACGACAUCUUCGACGCCACGGCGGCGCGCGAGCGCUUCACCGUCUGGAUGAACCGCCUGCACGAGGACUACGACCUGCUGCUGCUGCCCGGCCUGCCGCUGACCGCCUUCGCGGUCGGCCACGACGUGCCGCCGGGCUCGGGCCUCGCGAACUGGACCGAGUGGACCCCCUACUCCUAUCCCUUCAACCUGACCGGUCAGCCGGCCGGCAGCCUGCCCUGCGGGCUGAGCGGCGAGGGCCUGCCCAUGGCCGCGCAGAUCGUCGGGCCGCGCUUCGCCGACGCCCUGGUGCUGCAGGCCGCGCGGGCCUUCGAGGCGGUGCGUCCGGCCGCCCUGCCGCCGCUGGCGACCGAACCGGUGCCGGCGUGA